AUGCCCAGGCCAACGGCAGAUCUACGAACUACUGGAGACCACCAAAGUCUUUCCUUCAACGCGGAAGGUGUUGAAGAACGGCGGCGAGUAUCAUUGCAGGCUUCAACUCGCGCCUCUAGUUCUACGAGCAACAGCAGUUUGUACGGAGCAAUCCCGCCGGGCUUCUACAAAAUACCAAUCCAUGGAAGCUGCCCACGUUGCCAUCAUCGCCAUGAAGCAACCGAGAUCAAAAUCAAAAUUACAUCGGGUUAUGCUCAAGCCAGUCAUAUUAACUGUGAGAAUUGUAACGAGCAAUGGAUGGCCCUAGGCGGUGCGAAUGCAACCUGCAUCUCGCUGUUAUCAGAAGCAACGAACGAGCCUGAUCAGGUAGAUACAGACUACCGCCGCGCUCUGAUCAAUAUGGUCCGAUCCAUGAGUGCAAUAGCUUCACCUGUACUUUCGAAUGUCCCGGAAUCUCCGUUAGAAGCACCGUCAAGGAAUUCCUCAGUUCGUUCGCCAAAUACUAGGCUACAGAGUUCUCGGUCUCGAGCGACAUCUUUUGAACCUGAGCGCCUAAACGACAAUGAAUUACAUCCUUCGAAUCGUUGUCGCCAAAAUUGCUCAAAUCAACAUACCCUGGAGAAGGGUGUAUUUCAACGUAUGAAGCGUUUAGCGGUCCGCGUUUCUACUUGGCGAAAAUCAUAUUUCCACAGAUCAAUACGAUUUGGAAGCAAACCUGGGGCAGAUUGCAUGGAUCGAAACGAUGCUCACGGAAUCUCUCAAACAAGCGGCCCUUUCAGCCCAGAAGAUUUAUCAAUCCAUUCGGGCGAUAUCCAGCGGGAAAGAACACAAUAUGAUGACCACGAGACUACGGCCCCGUCAAUUGACGCCCUAAAUGACGACCCCUUGCUCAGGAAUUUCAGAUUGGAAAAACUCCGUAAUAUCCAGAAACAGCGUAUCGCUAUCGCCAGAAAGCAACUCCUGACUUGGAAACUUCAGCGGCAGAGAACUUGCGAAGAUCAACCUGGUAUGCCUCCACCGGCGUUUCUACCCGUACCUUCGACCACGGAGGAUUUACAUGCGUCCGCAUCCUCAACGAGUCUAGUACCAGAAUUAAACUUCCAAGGAACACGAGAGCGACGCCGUUCGCAGGAUAUCCUGUUGGUCGGGAGUCAUCUAGACGGCUUUUCUGUUGAUGAUGCGGUCCGAGCCCGACCCUUCAGCAUAGCCAGUACGACGAGACUGUCACAAGCAGCAACAGCCGUAAACUCAGAUAUACUCUCAACCACGACCAUGCAGUCCACCAUUCCGAUUUGGGAUGCAUCGCGCUCUUUUCAUAGUGCAAGGGCUGCUCAAUCACGACCGGCUUCAUUUUCGGCUUCACAUGUUUAA